CGCGGGAAGCUGCGGAGCCCUGAAACUUUCUCCCUCCCCCCACCCCGGCAUCCUGGGGAUGCGGUGAACGCUGGAGGCUAGGGGAGAGGGCGGGUCCGAGGCCAGAGGCCGGACUGGAAGGGUUAAUAGGGGCGGGGAGGAGGGUGCUUGGAUGGCCCACCCACUCCGCGGCUGAUCGCGGGAGGUGCGAGUGACACUAGGGAAAAGGCCCCCCAAGCUGAGUAGCCAAGGAUUACCCGACCUCUCGUAGCAGCAUCCCAGGACGCGCGAAACGGGGGUGGGGCAGGUGACCUGCCCGGCCAGGGGACGCGGUAUUCUUCUUUGACCUCUGGGGCCCAGAGAAUCCCGAACUGUGGGCCCUGGCGCGCCAAACCCGGGCGGACCGGGGGCAGCCCCCGCGUCCCUGCCUCCCGCCGUCCCUCUCGCUCCCUCCCUCCUCGCCUGUUGUUUUCCUCGCCUCUCCCGGCAGCGCGCAGCCCGAGCCCCACAGGACCUGGGCAGGCGGCUCCCGCCCCAGGCGCUCAAAGCAGCUGAGCUGAGCGCCCAGACCCCGCUCCCCCGCGGCCCAGGGUGCCUUGGAACCCCACCCUGGACCCUACCCUGUAGCUUAACUCUCUCGCGACCCGCGCCCACCGCCCCACAUCUGUCCCGACCCUAAUCCUGUCCUGGAGAAGCCUCCGCCUCGGCGCCACUGGAACGGCCCCCUUCCUCAAAACAAUUCCCAUUGACAGCAACCCUUCCAUUCCUAGUCCACUCUAGGACUAGGGAGGAUGUCUUCCCUGCUUGGCCCUUUCCUGUGGCCCUCUUUACUACUGAGCUAUUGACUGUCUCAACCAUUUAGUUAAACCCUAGAGCCAAGUACGCACAGGUGGGCAGCCUUAAACCCAAACCCAGGAGCCUUCCUUCUUGACUCCUGACCCUGGGGCACUGGGGACUUGGGAGGCAGGAGCAGCCUUAACUCCGAGACUGGCUUGGUCACCAAGGCCAGAGCAAGAGCAUAAGAACUAAACCCUUUGGAGCCUCCCAUCCCAGCUCCUCAGGAUUCCCUCCGCCCCACCCAUGUCAUCAUCAGUCCAGAUGUUGUGGCUGAGCUCCUGUCCCCUCACUGGUGACAUAGACACACUGGGAAGAACUCGGUUUCGGGAACUGAGCAAACACACAUUCAGGCCAUGGAGCCUAGGGAACCAGGUCAUCUGCGGCCAAGACGAUGGCCCGCCUGGCUCAGAGGACCCUGAACACGAUGACCAUGAGGGCCAGCCUCGGCCUAGGGUGCCUCGCAAGCGAGGUCAUAUCUCACCUAAGUCCCGCCCCUUGGCCAACUCCACCCUCCUAGGGCUGUUAGCCCCACCCGGGGAGGUUUGGGGUGUCCUUGGGCAGCCCCCCAACCGCCCCAAACAAAGUCCCUUACCCUCGACCAAGGUGAAAAAAAUAUUUGGAUGGGGUGAUUUCUACUCCAACAUCAAGACAGUGGCCCUGAACCUGCUGGUCACAGGCAAGAUUGUGGACCACGGAAACGGGACCUUCAGCGUCCACUUCCGCCACAACGCCACGGGCCAAGGUAACAUCUCCAUCAGCCUUGUACCCCCCAGCAAAGCUGUGGAGUUUCACCAAGAGCAGCAGAUCUUCAUCGAAGCCAAGGCAUCCAAAAUUUUCAACUGCCGGAUGGAGUGGGAGAAGGUAGAACGGGGCCGCCGGACCUCGCUCUGUACCCACGACCCAGCCAAGAUCUGUUCCCGUGACCACGCUCAGAGCUCGGCCACCUGGAGCUGCUCCCAGCCCUUCAAAGUUGUCUGCGUCUAUAUUGCCUUCUAUAGCACGGACUAUCGACUGGUGCAGAAGGUGUGCCCAGAUUACAACUACCACAGUGAUACCCCCUACUACCCAUCUGGGUGACCUAGAUGGGCGGCAGAGGCCGGUGCAGGAGGCUGGCUGGCUGGACACUGGGCAGGGAAAGGGAUGGACCUCAGGUAGGGAGGGGGUGGAGAGGAAGAGAGGCCUGGUGGGUCAGGAUCAAGCGUCAGGUGUUGGGGAAGGGUCCCCAGUGCUGUGCCCAACCUGAGGUUAGAAGAUACUUGUUAUGGAAGAGAAAUAUGCCCUGGGCAGCCUUACAGGGCUUUCCCUCCUAUCCAAAGCAGAUGCUGGGCCCCGAGGCCCCUGGGCAGGGAAGCCAGGCAACCCCAGAUCAAGCCACAGAGAAGACCUCAACCUUUGUCUCUCUCCUUGCUAUUCAGAAGGAGGACAGUGGUCAGCAAAGGGGAGUCCAACUGUGUAGACAACUUAGGAUGGAGAGCUCAAUGGCGUCUCCCGUGGGAGCCGGCAGUGGGCAGCCCCUUCCCCCCCCCCCUCCCCCGCACUGAGGCUGAAAUGGCAACCUCAUCCCCACCCUUGGGUGUUUGCUGUCAUGACUCUCGGUCACCAGCCAGGCCAUUCCUUUCCAGAAAUCCCCUCUCCCUCCCUCCAGCACCUUUGUACCGCUGACACCUCUUGCUGAUGGCGCGCCACCCUUGUCCUUCAGCUGAGACAGGAUGACUAUAGGUCCUGUUAGCAUGAGGGGCACAAAGCAGAAGUCCGCCCAUGUGCUGUAUGCCCAUCCUCUGCCCUAACCACCUGCUGAGAGUGCUCCCUCCCUUGACAGCCAGUUCUUCCUGUAAGACUGGGGCAUUCUGGGAUAGGGAUAGAGCCUCCUUUGCUGGGCGGUGGGGCUAUCCGCAGAGGAAGGCUCAGGAGGCUAUGUGGCCAUGCUGGAACUGUGCCCUAGUGUUGUCUGUGGGGUGUGUGUGGGGGGAGGGGUGGGAAGUCUUGUGAGAUGCCCUGUCACUUCUCUGUGCAGAGUCUUGUCCUUGGAGCAGGAAAUAAAGCAUUCCCAGGACACUGUA